CCGUGAGGAGAUCUCACUUUAUUUCUGACACCUGUUGCCGAGGACACCGCGCACACAGACGUACACAGCCCGUCGCACUGAUCUCUGACUGUUUCUCUCUACAUGACAAGUGUGGAGACUUUUGGUGACUGACAGGUCAGCGACUCUGUGGAGACUCGGACAAGAAGGUUCGAGUGCCAUGUCUGUGUGAAAGGGGAUCGAGCAGGGGAAGACUGCGGGCUGAAGGGGGUUCCCUUUCAAUAAAAUAAAAAAAUAAAAACACCGGCUUGUCUGUAGUUUCACAGCCGAACUGAGAGUCAAACUUUUCGGACUUGAGCGCUUCGGAUGGUGGGAGGACAAACUUUUUUUCUUGGAGAGCUGAGCAACAACUGGAUCCGAGCGCAGCAGAACAGGUUGGGUGCUGACCAUAGCAGACUUCAGGACAGAGGUGAUUUUUCCUCUGCUCCUCCCCCACUCCCUACUCCAACUGUUCCAGCCAUAAACCUACAGAGCACUUUCCCCAGCACCGGCUGUGUGGCGGUGACGCGGCGGACCAUGGACAACAGGCCUGUCCGGAGAAAGCGAACCGGUGCCGGUCGACAUCUGCUGCUGGCAGCCGCCUUCCUCGCCUGCAGCUCCCAACUGCUGGUGGUGGAUGCCAACUCAUGGUGGUCACUAGCUCUGACCCCGAUCCAGCGGCCGGAGAUGUACAUCAUUGGAGCACAGCCUCUCUGCAGUCAGCUGUCUGGUCUCUCUCAAGGCCAGAGGAAGCUGUGCCAGCUGUACCAGGACCACAUGGUCUACAUCGGAGACGGAGCCAAGACGGGCAUCAAGGAGUGCCAGUACCAGUUCAGACAGAGGAGGUGGAACUGCAGCACUGUGGACAACACAUCUGUGUUUGGACGAGUCAUGCAGAUUGGCUCCAGAGAAACAGCCUUCACUUACGCCAUCAGCGCCGCUGGAGUGGUCAACGCCAUCAGCCGGGCGUGCCGCGAGGGCGAGCUCUCCACCUGCGGCUGCAGCCGUGCCGCUCGACCCCGUGACCUGCCACGCGAUUGGCUGUGGGGUGGCUGCGGCGACAAUGUGCAUUACGGCUACCGCUUUGCCCGGGAGUUUGUGGACGCCAGGGAGAGAGAGAAGAACUACCCACGUGGUUCUACUGAGCACGCCCGAACACUGAUGAACAUUCAGAAUAACGAAGCAGGGAGACAGGCGGCCUAUAAUCUUGCAAACGUGGCCUGUAAAUGUCACGGCGUCUCCGGUUCCUGCAGUCUGAAGACCUGUUGGCUCCAGCUGGGCGACUUCAGACGUGUUGGAGAGUUCCUGAAGGAGAAGUACGACAGUGCUGCUGCCAUGCGCAUUGGACGCAAGGGCAAGCUGGAGCUGGUAGACAAGCGCUUCAACACCCCGACAGCGGAUGACCUGGUUUACAUCGACACCAGCCCCGACUACUGCCUCCGCAACGAGACCACGGGCUCGCUUGGCACGCAGGGCCGCCUCUGCAACAAAACCUCGGAGGGCAUGGACGGAUGCGAGCUCAUGUGCUGCGGCAGAGGAUACGACCAGUUCAAGACCUACAAACAUGAGCGCUGCCACUGCAAGUUCCACUGGUGCUGCUACGUCAAGUGCAAGCGCUGCACGACGCUCGUGGACCAGUUUGUGUGUAAAUAGCACGCUCGCAGAUGAUGGAAGGGGAUGGGAAAAAAAGGAGGAGAGGGAGAGAUGAAGAGGGAGAAGGUGACGGGAUGAUGGCGGGUGAGGGGUAGAUGAAAUUUCAGGGUUUUGUUCAAGAUAAGUUAAGACACACAAGGUCCAUUUCCAAGUUUCACUUCUCUCCUCCAUUUAUACAUCGCUGCCUUUUCGCAUGAAGAGAAAAAAAACUGCGUUACACCAGUGUGGCCAUUUUUAUUUUUGUGUGUGUGAAAGGCACAAUGCUGGAUUGACAGAUGGGAAAGAAGACCAGAUGGAUGUGAUGCUAGACAAAAGUAGGGAGCAAGGAGGCAUGUGAUUUCUUCCACAAUAUUUGUUCUUCAACGGGGAUUCCUGUCCGUCACCGCUCCAUCAUCGCAUUCUGCUUUCCUGUAAAAUAUCCUGAUCACAACCCUGAAGGAAGGACUUUUGGAAAGAAAUGAAGGACAAAACACAAUGAGAGACCACAGAAGGACAUCAAGGAUAAAUGGACCUAGAAAGUGGACAAACUGGAUCCUGAAAAGGGGACACAUAUGACUAGUGUGGAAAAAAAACAACAUGAGAGAUGAAAUAAAUAUAUAAUGAAAUAAUAAAUAAACAUACAACUCUGAUUGUUAUUUAAAGAGACUUAUACAAAUUUAAGGCACACUUUGGACCCGUAAAACUCAUAUGUGUCAGGAAUCCCACAAAUCAAUACAGUCCUUCUGGAGUUUGAAGCCAUGUGAGUGCUGAGUGGCGUCACCGAGUCUCUUUCUAAGAACUUUUGACCUUUAACCCUGCAAGAGAAAUCCUUGCAUACGUGAGCUGUGCUGAGCUUGCUCAAACACACUCGCAAUAAGCACAGAGAACACCAGAAAUGCGGACAAUUUCACACUGAAGCGGGCGAACGAGAGUGAGGAAUCAAAUAUAGAAAGGGAACAGCGAAAAAAGGGAAACAGUUAAAGUUUUGCCACAAAAUUCAGGUGUCAGUUUCAGAAGCCACACUGCUGAAUUUUUCGGCUAUUUCUGUUCAAUUAAGUGCAGUAAAAACACUUAAUUUUCAAGUCAAGACGGACUAACGACUUACAGGACACGCUCAGUGUAACUACUGCUGUUCGAGUAGAUUUCCAGCACCUGUGACCUGACAAGUGUGUCUGAGAAGGUUAAUGAGGCUCGCCAGUUGCGGCCAUCUUGGCACCACGUCCGUUUAAACAAGCAACUCACAUGGGUGGCGUCCUUCAUCUGACAGUAAAGUGAGCGAAAAACUCCAUUAGUGAGAUUAAUGUGCUGCAUCUGCCUUAAUGAACCCGCACUAAGAGACAUGUACACUGUGAGUGGACCCCUUCAUCUCAUGUUAUGCAACUUGUUCAGUCAACAAAAAAGCCCUGUGGUGUCGAUGUUUUGUCAGUUUUGCCUCCAAUUUAUCAUGUUGUAACUGUUAUACCAUGAAUUUUGCAACUUGUAUGAGACGGGUUGAGAAUACUUUAAGUGUUUAAUGUAAUCCAAUCAAUAGAAGCAGCUGAUUAAAAAAAACAUGAAGAGGACAAAGUGAACAGAAGAGGACUGAACAUGCUGUGGAAAAAUGAAUGUGUUAGCGUGGAAAAACAGAGAGGACUGCAAUUUAUUAAGUGCUACUUCAAAAAAAGUAGCAGAUAAGAAAAGAAGGUAUAUUUUAUUAUUGUUUUUAAUUUUCUGUUUUCUAUGUUUUAUACAUGAGUAUAAUUGUGUAUUCUUUUGAUAAACUAGUCUUCGACAAAGAGGCUUUGUUCUGUUAUUAAUUGUGCUGCAGUUCAUUUGGUAAAGUCUGAUCCCGGCCAAGGUUUUACCCACUUUACAACUAAAGACAAGUCUUUUUAAGGGUGUUGUGGAGAAUGAUGCAUGCAGUUGUUAAAUGGGGAAGUAAUGCAGUGCCAUUCACAACAAUGACAAAAUUCUAAAUUGAAUAAAAAAUACAAAAUUAAUAGACAUUGAUGCAGAAUUGAUUUUUACGAUCAACGCUCAAAUGAGUUUAGUGAAUUGUUUCAUAAUUUCAUUGUUUCACAACAUGAAAGUACAGCAAGUGCCAAGGAAAGCACAACGCUGCCACAACAUAACUCUGCAGUUAUAAGAUUCAUGUUUUAUCCAUGAACACUUUCAAGUUUAAAGUUUUCUCUCAAGUCAACAAAAAUGUUUUGUGUCGUUUGUUGGUGUUACAAGGCCUCUGAAUUACCUCAUCACCUCACGCUCAUCUCAACACUAUGUGACUUAACUAUCCGCUGAAAACUACAAGAACUUUGAUGGACAUGAUAAUAAAUUUUAGGUGGCUCAAAAUGCUGUACUAUGGAGGAAUAUGAAUAAUUUGUCCAAUCUUUUCAAUGUUCUCCAAGUAAUAAUGUUUCUGAAAUGUUUCAAAUAAUCAAAAAAUUGGAAAUUGUCCAAACCUUUUACAUAUUCUUAGUUGAAGAUUCAUUUUAUGGAGUUUUUAGUUUAAGUUCCUUAUACCUGCUCACAAUGAGCAUUUCCCCCCAUUUUGAGACAGCGAGAAUAGUGUGUGCACUUCCUAAUUAUAACUAUGUUUUGGGUGUUGGAUUAAAAAUAUACCUAGCGUUCAUCUUUACAUUUACAUUCAAGUUCUUUGACAGACAAUCCUCAAACUCAUUACUCCCGAUUAUUGAGUGCAUUUCUUCCAGUAAAAAAUCCCCCAAGAAUCCAUCCUUAUUGAUCAUAUCAGUAUUACAGUCAGACUGUGUUUAUGUAUAUUACUACAUCACAUUGUGUUUAUAUGUAUGUAUUGU